ANACAAGUGAGUGACAGAUGUAUCCAUGUGUUCUGCGUGCUAAGUUGUGUAUUUUUUAUUAAUAGUAAAAGAAAUAUUUUUUAUAGUAUUCUUCUGUGAUUAACUUGCUGUGUUUUUAUAUAUUAUACGUAGUCAUGACUUUCGGAUGGACAACUGUUUGUAUUAAAUACAUUCUUUUUGUAUUUAAUCUACUAUUUGUGAUUACUGGAAUUAUUCUUAUAUCAGUGGGUGUUACAGUAAAAGCUGAGUAUCAGGAUUAUGAAUCAUUUUUGAACGAUAAAUAUUUUUCUACUCCCAAUCUUUUAAUUGCAACAGGUGUGAUAAUAUUCCUUAUAGCAUUCUUUGGCUGCUGUGGAGCAGUUAAAGAAAAUUACUGUAUGACCCAGACAUUCACUUUCUUAUUAAUCCUAAUUUUCAUUUUGGAAUUUUCUGCUGGAAUAAGUGGCUAUGUUUUGAGAAAUCAGACAGCCGAUUUUCUUACAAACAGAUUGACGGACUCUUUAUCUAAAUAUAAUGCAACUGUUUAUAACGAAAUUACUAACCUUUGGGAUGAUAUGCAAGGUGCUUUUAAAUGUUGCGGUGUAAAUGGUCCAUCAGACUGGCAAAGCAAUAAAAGUUCUACAGGUGGUCGAAUACCAAUGUCAUGUUGUGGUAAAGUUAUUGGUGAACUUGGAAAUGCAACUUGUGAUAUAGAAAGUGCAACAAUUUAUAAUGAAGGAUGCGCUUCUGCAUUUGGAUCCUACAUCAGAGAUCAUGCACUUACUUUAGGUGGAAUUGGCCUAGGAAUUGGAUUUAUGCAGUUUAUUGGAAUUCUCUUCUCCUGUCAUCUUGCAAGGCAAAUUAAAAAUAAUUAUGGAACCAUGUAAAGUUAAGUAUUAAGUAAAGCCGCUCGUGCUCUUACAACAGCCAUAAAUUAUGUAUUGUAAUGAAUUUUAUUCUUUUAUUUGUUAAUAAAUGAUCGUUGAGAUCUUCCUUAUUU